UUAAUUUAUGCCGAUAGAUCUCUUUCCCCUAAAUCUUACACACUGAACCUUUAAGUAAAACCCAACAGCGCCUCUUUAAGUUCUCUGGCCGUGAGUGGCUGCUUGUUUGACCACAGAUGUCAUCAUUUAUUCAUCUGUCAAUGCACUUCAUCAUUUCUCGUUGUGAUUGUUUGUGUCCAGCACUCUCAGGGUUAAUCGGGGUUGACGAGCUCCGGGUUCUUGCGCAUGCGCGGAAGGCGCGGACAGAGGACCCAGCCGGGGGGAGUCGUCAAACAGCCACCGACCGGAGAGAGGAAGAGGCAGCGAGGGGACAGACGAGCAGCGGGUCCGGCGGGUGUUUCCUCCUCCUCUCGACCAUUAUGCUCGUCUCGCCGGUGUCGCUUUCUCUCAGGUGUCCGCUUCCCCGUCGCUGAAUGGCGCUGGUUACCGUGCAGCGUUCACCGACCCCCAGCACCAGCUCCAGCCCCUGCGUCUCGGAGUCGGGGAGUGGGGAGGAUGACCGCCGCUCUCAGCCAAGGAGCAUCAGUGAAAGUUUCCUGACAGUUAAAGGAGCUGCUCUUUUCUUACCUCGAGGAAAUGGCUCCUCUUCUUCUUCUGCCUCUCGUUUUUCACAGCUACGCAGCAAACAUGCAGGAGAUAUCCAGCAGCACCUGCAAACCAUGUUCACUCUCCUCAGACCAGAGGACAACAUCAAACUGGCGGUUCGAUUGGAGAGUGUCCACUCUACCAUCACCCGCUACAUGGUGGUGGUCUCAACCAAUGGUCGUCAGGACACGGAGGAGAGUGUGGUGCUGGGAAUGGACUUCAGUCCGGUAGAUAGCUCAUGUUCUGUUGGGCUGGUUUUGCCCUUAUGGAGUGACACGUUGAUACAUCUGGAUGGAGAUGGGGGCUUCAGUGUGUCAACUGAUAGCAGAGUGCUUGUCUUCAAGCCUGUUUCUGUGCAAGCCAUGUGGUCGGCCCUCCAGUCACUCCAUAAAGCGUGUGAGGUGGCUCGUUGUCAUAACUACUUCCCCGGCAGCCUGUUCCUCACCUGGGUCAGCUACUAUCAAAGCAGGGUCUCCUCCGACCAGGCACGCAUCAAUGAGUGGAACACCAUGCAGGAUCUGAUGUCUCACCGUGCAGACUCACCCGUCCUCUUCUCCGAUGCACCUACAGAAAGAGAGCUGACCGAGCGUCAGAUCAAAACCAGUCUGAGAGAAAUCAUGAUGCAGAAAGACCUGGAGAAUGUGACCUGUAAAGAAAUCCGAACAGAGCUGGAAAUGCACAUGACGUGCAACCUUCGAGAGUUCAAAGAGUUCAUUGACAAUGAGAUGAUUGUCAUUCUGGGCCAGAUGGACAGCCCCACAGAGAUCUUCGAUUACGUCUUUUUGGGAUCUGAGUGGAAUGCAUCCAAUUUGGAGGAGUUGCAGAACAGCGGGGUUCAGUACAUCCUGAAUGUAACAAGGGAGAUUGAUAACUUCUUCCCUGGUGUAUUCGAGUACCACAACAUCCGCGUGUAUGACGAGGAGGCCACCGACCUGCUCGCCUAUUGGAAUGACACCUACAAGUUUAUAACUAGAGCCAAGAAAGCUGGGUCCAAGUGUCUGGUGCACUGUAAAAUGGGUAUAAGUCGCUCUGCUGCCACUGUGAUCGCAUACGCCAUGAAGGAGUUUGGAUGGGAUUUGAAGAAGGCCUUUGAUUAUGUCAAGGAGCGUCGAGCUGUGACCAAACCAAACCCCUCUUUUAUGAGACAGCUGGAGGAGUAUCAGGGCAUACUGCUGGCCAGCAGGCAGAGGCACAACAAACUGUGGCGUUCUCACUCUGACAGCGACUUGUCCGAGCACCACGAGCCACUAUCUAAAUCUUUAGCUCAGCCGCACAGCUUGGGUCGCUCUGACCCCCAUAACCAGUCCAGCAGCGCGCCUGGUCCCUCUGUGAAAGAACUGCUGGAAUCAUUGGCAACUUCAGCCAGCGCUGGCAAAGCAGCACACUCCACUAGCCAGCCUGAUACUGGCAUCAAGUCCAAUCAGCUCAGCUCUUCAUCCUUUGAGGGGGUGGCAGCUCUAUCAGGCGAUGCUGUCCCUCGCAGCCUGGAGACUCCUCGUUUUGCUGUAGCUCAGAGCAGCCAGCUGGAUCCGCCCCCUCCUGAAUCCUCAGCUGACUCUGUUUCUCCGUUAUCUCCUCCGCUGUUCAAUGGCUUAUGUGACGCUGAGGAGCAACCGUCAUCACCUCCUUUAUCCCAGCCAAGGGCCGCCACUGUGGUGCCUGAUCCUCAAAAGACAGAUAUAGCGACUGUUGCACAAAGUGUUUCGGUGGGCCAGCCUCACCCGCCUCCCUCUCUUCACCACCUCCCUCUCCCCCCUGCUCCGCCCCCAACUCCAGCCUGCACGGACAAGGUUAUCAGACCGCAGGUGUCGUCCUGCCCUCAGCCUGUGACAAUACCGAUGCCAGUGUCAGUGCCUGAGCCCAUGGCAACACAAACACCAAGCACACUCUCCGCCGGACCCCAGAGUCUGUCUGUACCUGUGCCUGUCAAAAAUCCAGACUGUGAUCAGCAGCUGUGUGGCUCGUCUUUGGACGGUUCAGCAGCUCAUCCUCCCUCCACUAGUGAUCUUAUCAUCUAUCCCAGUGCCAUUCCACAGGACGGUGAAGUGUUGGUCGGCCACAGUGCGGAUCACAUCAACUUUUUCAGUGCCAGGGAAAAGUUCAAGGGGAUGAGUCAAGAUGGUAAAACUCCUUGUGCUGCAGUGCAGCAGUCGUCCCAGGUGAAGAGUUGUGCCAAGGACCAGCAACCACAGCCUGAGGGGGGCGCCACUGAGGAGGAGAAAGGAAAGGAAUUGAUUGUUCCUGUGCAGGCCACAGGACUAAAUCCCACAGUGCAAACAGAGACUUCGUCUAUCGGACCUCAACCACAGCCUGAGGGCCCUCAGGACCAGGAGGUGAGGACGUCUAUGCAGGAACUGGAGGAUAGAAAUGAUUCAUCGCAGAAGGAGGCUGAGAAUGUAAAAGAGGAAGGGAAGAACAAAGAAGAGGAGGAGGCGGAUCCUGCUCGACUCUACAGCGACUGGACGAGGGGCUCCGUGCGGCGCGUCACACGACAGCUGGAGCAAAGAAUGAAACAGGAGCAUGAGACUCCAACAACCUCCUCGUCGCCAUCAUCCCUCUCUGGUGGCACAUCCAGUUCGCAGCGGCGUGCGCCCAGCAUCCAUCCUGCAGCUGCGACUCAUUCGCAGGAUGCGUCUGCUUGCUCACAGGUGUCAGUAGUUAGCACUGUGCAGGAUGAGCAGGAGGAGGAUGAUGGGAAGUUUGGACCAGCUAAAAGGGAGGGUGAUGAUGUAGCACAAGGAAACAAUGACAGAAGCACAAAAGGACACAAACUCCAGCCUGCUGAUGGUAGAUUGCUCUCUACCUCUUAUCCCUUCAAUCACUUUGCCCACUCUCCCUUUGCCUCUGUGAACUUUCUGUGUCUGGAGGGCGUGACGGAGCUCGAGUCAGGCACAGACUGGGACUGCUCCACAGAGGGACCCCACAGUGACAUUAUCAUGAGGGAGACAUGGGAGACUUUGUGUGAGCUGGGUGCCUUUCUGCAGCAGGUGAGCAUGGCCGGAGCCUACAAGACCAGUUGUGUGGACCAGUUUUUCGGCUUAAGUGCUGGAUCCACUCAGAAGCGAAGUAGCAGCAUCCAGAAGAGGGUCAGAGAGGUGGAGGCCAGGAUUCGCCAGGCGGGGCUGACCCCUCCCUCCCUGAUGAAGCGUUCAGCCUCUCUGGCCAAACUGGGCUGCCUGGAGCUGCUCGCCAACGACCUGAGCGAGUGGGAGCUCAGCCGCUCCUCUGCUUCUGUGCCGUCAGAACAACCUCCAGUUCACACGAGCGAUGAGUCAAAGAAGCAGCGGGUGCACAACUCUCCUUCCGAGGCCGACCAGCAGCCAGAGGUCCUCGAAGUUGACGUGGAGAGGCUUUCUGAAGCUGGAGAAACCUCAACAGGAAUCCCUCCACCGUCAUAUCAGAGUCAGCAGAGAGGGGACGUCGACAACAUGAGCCCCGAUUCUCUGCAUUCGCUUGCGCUGCCGCUCAUUACCGCAAGGCAGCAAUAUGGAAGGACUCACCCCCUGAGGCGGCUCAAGAAAAGAACUGUUAGCACCAUUUAUCACACCAUGUAACCCUCACUGUGUGUGUGUGUGUGUAUGUUUGUGUGUGUGUGAGAGAGAGAGAGACAGAGAUAAUGUGCACCUGUGAGAGAUGGAGAUUUAGUGUAUAUGUUGGAUCUAUUCAGCAAAACAAACCAAUGCCUCUUGCCUUAAAGGAUAUGUUUAAUAGUUUCUGUAUGUUUUUCUUGCAGAUCCACAACGAGCCUCUGUGAGAUAUUUGUUUCGGUGGAAGGGCAGCGGCGAGGCUAUGAAGGUUCUGAUUAAGUCAAAUAAAAAGUCAAAUUGGAAAAUUGAAAACUGCAAAAUCAAUAAGCCUGAGCCUGCAACAUUUCAACAUGUCAACAUUUUGAUAUUUACUGCAUUGCUGUAGGUUGACUGAAACGUUCAGCCUGAUGUUAGGUGGAAUGUAGCCUAUGUUUUUCUCUUCUUGUGCUCUCAUCUCUCUUCAUCAGCAUUUUACCAGUUGUGCUGCGUAGUUAAAGACACGGCUGUCCUUCUGGUGCAGUGUGACCAUAAAUGAAUCUGCCCAUCAUCAACUCAACACUUACACAAACUUAAAAAAAGAUCAUUUAAAUGUAAACUUUGGCUCAUUUGGCCAAAAUACACAGUCAAAGUAUAUUAUUAAAUUAUAUUCUGCCGUACUUUAAUGCAUGAAUUGUGCUGACAGCAGCAUUUCUAAACUCCCGCGCUCAAGUGGAACCGCGGACGCUAUAGAUUAGUGUUUAAUCCCCAAAGAAAGUUGUUUCCAGACCUGGUGACGGAGAGAGUAGUUAUUUGCAAAGAGAAAGAGGCAAGCUGUUUAUUUAACGUUUGUUUUGACGACACGAUACCUCAGUACGUCUGAACCAAAUCUGACCUGCACAAACGUCAGGCUCCGGAUUUCCUGGAAUGUCUGUCUCAAUCAGAAACAAUUAGAAUUUCACUACUUGACAAACUGACGUAAACUUGUCUCUCUCGUGUCCUCUGAUGCCACUCAGACUAGAUGUUUGUUUUUCGUACGUAUUGCUGUGUGUGAGAAAGCCUAGGUUAGGGGAUUGGGUUUUCUCCUUUGUUCUCUUUAAGAAGUAAAGGUCUUUAUCGUGAGUUUUGACAUUUAAGGAACUGUACAUGUUUUUAUAUCUGGACUGUGUCUGUGUGUGAGUGCGACCGUGUAGCACAACUUUUACCAUGUAGGUGUGUACAUUUUGUUUUUAAUCAUGGAUCGUAAUCUCCUUUGUACAUGUUAAAGGAGUGUGCCUGUGACUGGCAAGUGAAGCUUCUCUGCAGUCUAUCAGAAAUGUCUGUACAGAGACGACUGUCAUACAUGCACUUUACUCCCUUUUUCUUUUUAAAUGUGGCUUAAUUUUAAAUGUUUUUUUCAUGCUUAGAUUGUAGAAGCUGUUGGGUAUGUGUGUGUGUGUGCGUGUGUGUGUGUGCGUGUGUGUAUUGUCAAAAACCUUUUUUCUUUAUUUUAAACUAUCAGUGUAAAUAUUCUUUUAUAUCAUGUGCUUCAACUGUGACCAUUAAACAAUGGAAAUGA